AUGGGUAUAAGAGCCAUUAAACAAAUCUAUAUAACAUUCCACAUUGAAUUGUAUAACAAAUCAACAUGGUUGCAACAUUCACAGUUCACAAAUCAGUACUGGUCACCACAAAACAAGGAGAGUCACUUACCUUAUGAUGCUUCUACUGUGGAAUCAAUCUACCAGGCUGAAAUACUUGGAUCCAAUUUCUCAGUGCGCCGGAUUAUGAUGUUAAAGUUCUCUGAGUACUUAGAGAACUACUUGUGGCCGCACUACGAGACGGACGAGGCGACGCAUGCUCACAUGAUGUCUAUCAUUGUCAUGAUCAACGAGAAGUUCCGGGAACGAGUGCCGGCUUGGCAGGUAUUCUUGAAAAAAACCAGACUAAUCACCAGAAUUCUUCGAACAAGUACUGCGCGCUAG